ACGGAAGUGCAAAUCAAGCGGAUGUGAGCUCGCGAGGCUUUUUGGGCGUACCGAGAAGCGCUGGGUUCGGGGGCACCGGGGCUUCUCGUGUGCGGGCUGGUGGAAGACCGCCGUCAUGUCGGCUAGCGCCGUCUAUGUAUUGGAUCUCAAGGGCAAGGUUCUUAUCUGUAGAAAUUACCGUGGAGAUGUGGAUAUGUCAGAAGUAGAGCAUUUUAUGCCUAUACUUAUGGAGAAGGAAGAAGAAGGGACGCUGUCACCUAUUCUGGCUCAUGGAGGUGUUCGCUUCAUGUGGAUUAAACACAACAAUUUAUAUUUGGUUGCCACUUCAAAGAAGAAUGCCUGUGUAUCUCUCGUGUUCUCAUUUCUAUACAAGGUAGUUCAGGUCUUUUCUGAAUAUUUCAAGGAACUGGAAGAAGAGAGCAUUCGGGAUAAUUUUGUGAUUAUUUAUGAACUGCUAGAUGAGUUGAUGGACUUUGGAUAUCCUCAAACCACAGAUAGUAAAAUUUUACAAGAAUACAUAACACAAGAAGGCCACAAGUUGGAAACUGGAGCCCCACGUCCUCCUGCCACUGUUACAAAUGCCGUGUCUUGGCGUUCUGAAGGAAUCAAAUACCGAAAGAAUGAAGUCUUCCUGGAUGUCAUAGAAUCUGUUAAUCUUUUGGUUAGUGCCAACGGGAAUGUUCUGCGCAGCGAAAUUGUUGGAUCCAUCAAAAUGAGGGUUUUCUUGUCCGGAAUGCCAGAGCUUCGCCUUGGCCUGAAUGACAAAGUCCUCUUUGAUAAUACUGGCCGUGGCAAGAGCAAAUCUGUGGAACUGGAAGAUGUGAAAUUCCACCAGUGUGUUCGUCUGUCUCGUUUUGAAAAUGAUAGGACUAUUUCAUUUAUCCCACCCGAUGGGGAAUUUGAGCUCAUGUCUUACCGCCUUAAUACCCAUGUAAAGCCUCUAAUCUGGAUUGAGUCGGUUAUAGAGAAGCAUUCCCACAGCCGCAUUGAGUACAUGAUCAAGGCCAAGAGUCAGUUCAAGCGCAGAUCUACAGCCAAUAACGUGGAGAUUCACAUUCCUGUUCCCAAUGAUGCCGAUUCACCGAAGUUCAAAACCACAGUUGGGAAUGUCAAGUGGGUUCCUGAGAACAGUGCCAUUGUGUGGUCCAUCAAGUCUUUUCCAGGAGGGAAGGAGUACUUGAUGAGGGCCCAUUUUGGGCUCCCAAGUGUGGAAGCUGAGGACAAAGAAGGGAAACCUCCCAUCAGUGUGAAGUUCGAAAUCCCAUAUUUCACCACAUCUGGAAUUCAGGUUCGUUAUUUAAAAAUAAUUGAGAAGAGUGGCUACCAGGCAUUGCCAUGGGUCCGCUACAUUACCCAGAAUGGAGAUUAUCAGCUUCGAACACAAUAACGUCAACUCAGCUACUGCGGCCAAGAAAGUAAUCAAUAUCCCUGGUCAGAAACAUGUUUGGUGCUUGAAGAUGUGGGCCAAGGUUGUCUUGCUGGCUGGAAGUGGAAUCAGGCUGUGUCCCAUAUCCAGCUGUACUUGGACCAGUGUUUAGUGCAGACCUCAUGAAUGUUUUUUUUUCUUGUAUGCCCCAUUCAGUGUUGUUUUUUGUUAGGAGUAGCUGUUGCCUUGAAACAAGGCCAAGAGCCAAUCUUGGGAAAACUUGGCUGGUCUUAUUUCUUUGCUUCAGAAAUUGGGGACUAUUCGUCCUCGUUUCUGAAGUUUUGUGAGUAUUAGCUGAGCUCCUCUUGCCAACCAUUUGCCUGCUGAUGUGUCUUAAUGCUAGUUAAACUCUGGUGACAUCUUGAAAUCAGUUUUCUUUGCAUUGCUGGGUUGUUUUUGCAAAUUAAUUAUCUACAACAGGCUCCCCAGAUGCAGAGUCUACAACAUGCAAAGUCAUUUGUUCGAUGGUGCUCAGUUUAAGAAAGAACAUGAAGUUGGUGUCACGAGGUGUUCUUAACAUGAGGGCGGGGGGCUCAAAAUGGAUGGCUGACACCAUCACCCCCAUCCACUUCUGAAUCAUCUAGCCGAGAAGAACAUCCUAUCCAUAUAUCUUUUUCAAGCAGCAGCUGAGAUGACCAACAUGCAACUGAAGUCUCUUUGUGGAAUUUGUAAGACGAUCUGCUUCUCCGUAAAGAAAAAUCAACCUGUAUAUAGAAAACUUACUUUGCCACUGAGAAAGGUUCUAGGUUUGUUUCUGGGGUUUUUUUUGUCUUCAUUCCUUGGACGGUUUCUGUGCAUAGAGGGUCAUGCGUGGGAAGCAUUCUGCCAGCCCUUGCUUAGCUUUCAAAUGACGACACAGUCUUCUAGGCGCUGCAGUAUCUGGUGAUUGUGAGAACGAGGCCAUAAUCAUGGUAGUUCCUGUAAGAACUCCCAAGAUGCCCAGUGUCUUGUGAGUGCCUCCUCUAGUCUAGUCCCUUUGGGGUGCGCUGGGACUGGAAUUCCCAAAACUGCCACUUACCUAUCUCGCCCUUUGCAUUUCCAGCCUUUCUCAAUUGGCUCCAACCACAUAUCAGGAAAGGCUGCUCUAGCAGAAAAAGCAAGUGCCCCCCAAAAUGGCUUUAGGUCAAAGAUUUUGCUGCCUCCUCACUGCUUCCUUUAGAGCAAUCCAUCUUUGAGGUCUGCUGAGUGGCAGUUGGUCACUUCUGAUAGAACACAAAGCAUUACAUAUGCUCUUUAGCAACUUAUCUCUGCUCACAAUUUGGCUUUUUUCCCCCUUCUAAAGAAUUGUGGGGUUCAAGUUCAUGAUAUACUUGCAAAGAUUAAAUUUAAGUGCUUGCUUUUUUACAAAGUGGAUUGGGAGAAGCAAUCGACCUGAACUUGGGAACAUGAUGUCCUAGGUAACUUUGUAGCAAGACCCAUCAGUUCCUGGAAAAACAGCCCUAGCCCAUUACUUGUAACCAUGAAAAAUCACAUAGUAGUUGAACAAAUGUAACUCUAAUGGAUUGAUAGUACACUUUAAUCAUUCACAAGUAUAUUUUUGCCCAUAGUUAAAAGGGUCAUGUUUGUGACGAGGCCCUCCUGGAGUUGCUAAAUUACAAUUUCUAGCAGUCCUAGUGGCGGUAAUCAUGAAUCGUAGUGCUGUAGCUUGCAGUUUUUGUCAGAAUGAUGAAAGCAGUAUCCCUCUGCAGGAUCACAAGUGCCAUCCUUUGGGGAUAUUCUGUGUGAUGUCAUGAAGCUCACAGAAAAGGGAUACAGCUCGCACUGUGAUGCCAUAGCACUGCUCUCAUUAGUCUGACCCAUCUCCAAAUGCUACUGCCAAGAAAGUUGGAAACUAGUUCAGCACUCUGGAAGGCCAAGUAUCCCUGAGAAAUACACAAGAUAACAAUUGGUCAGGGGCAGAUGGGUUCGCUUGCCAAAGUUAGAUCUAAGACCACUGCUGUUAUUUAACCGGUUCCCUCCAGCUGCCAGAAAUGUCAACAUCAUGCCUUUAACCAGGGCAUUGUAUUUGUUGUCUAAAAGUCUGUUUAAAAUAAAUGAAAUGACCAGAA